AUGAGGGUAUGCUUGCUGGUCGUCGUCGCCGCUCAGAGGCGGCCUCUUGAAAGGCCCGGGCAACAGGAGUGGGAGCCGAUCCACAAGUUUCUCCACGCCGUCGACCCGAGCCGGUGCGCGGACGCGCACGUCAUCAAGGGCGAGAAUGAGAACGAGCCCGACGUGCAUGUCUGCAUGGACUUCCUCAAACGGAACGAGCCCUGCGUCGUCUACUCCAUCGGCAUCGCGAACAACUGGCUCUUCGACGACCUGAUGCUGAGCAAGGGCUGCCGCGUGUUUAGCUUCGACCCGACGAUGAGCGGCGACCACAAGCGCCACCCCGAGCGGCACACCUUCGAGCCCAUCGGCAUCGGCGCGGCGACGAAGCUCGAGACGCGCGGCGCGGCGUCGACGGCGAACUACGGCGGCCGGGCCCGCUACCGGGUCGAGACGCUCGCGGACAUGAUGGCGCGCCACGGCCACGACGCUGUGACCGUGCUGCGCAUGGACGUCGAGGGCGCCGAGUGGGACGUGCUCGCGGAGUGGCUCGCGAGCAGCGCGCUCCUCGCGAUCGCGGACCAGCUCCUUUUGGAGAUCCACCUCUACCGGCCCCGGGGCGACGCGGGGAAGCUCCACGACCUGCUCGCGAAGAUGCGCGACGUCGCGGGAUGGGACCUCUUCUGGACCGCGCGGAAUCGGUGGGACAACCACCGGCUCCACGGCGACAUGACGCGCGUCCACGAGCUCGGCUUCAUCUCCUGCGAUCUAGCCACGAUGCGCCUUACUUUGUCCGCCGCGCUCCUCGCCGUCGCCGUCGACGGCUUCGCGAGCAAGCGCCUGCCGUCCCUGCGGCAAGGCGUGCGCGUCCAGGACGCCAACGCCGUCACCGAGGUCUCCUUCGACGGCCUCGACGGGUCGAACGCGCGCAUCGGCAUCAUCCGCACCAAGUGGAACCCGAAGGUCGUCGACGCGCUCUCCGACGGCGCGAAGCGCGCGUGCCUCGACGUCGGCGUGCUCGAGGAGAACAUCUUCGAGACGCAGGUGCCCGGGGCCUGGGAGCUGCCGUCGGCGGCGCGCUUCCUCGCCCUCAGCGGCCGCGUCGACGCCAUCGUCUGCAUCGGCACGCUCAUC